CGGGUCGCCUAUAAAAUACUUUGGUUCUGCUGUAAAAGCAUCUAUUAGUUUUGAUCGUCUUCCUGAAAAAUGUUCAAACUGAUUUUGUUGUGUUUUUGUGUCUUGGUCGCUGUCCUGGCAGCACCUAAGCCUGGAUAUCUUGGCGGUUAUCCUGCAAUAUCAGCAUACUCUUACUAUAGACCAUAUUCCUAUUGGCCUUAUUGGUACAACAGCUACCCAUGGUACUCCAAAUAUUAUUCAUAUUGGUAACC